AUGUCACUGUCGGAAGUGCUCGCUAGAGUCCAGACUCUUGCUGCCAAGGAGGCAGCAGGAGAUAAGGAUUCUCAUGCCGAUCUUCUCAAGGCUAUUCGCGAAUUACAGCUAGCUGCAGAGACCCCUCUCGAAACAACAUCCCGGCUUAACUUUCAAAUUAUGCAAAACAUCUCCAUCCGUGUCGCCGUUGAAUAUGGAUAUCUUCAUGUCAUCGUUGCCAGAAAUGGUCAGCCCAUUUCGGCCACGGAGAUCUCCCAGGAGACCAAAUCGGAUAUUCUUCUCACAAUUAGAAUUAUGCGUGUCUUAACAGCUAUUGGCCUCUGCGAUGAGGUUGGCAACCAGCUCUAUGCUGCCAAUGAGAGGACUCGGUUCAAGAUUUUACCUGGAUCAAUCGCGGCUGAGAAACACCACUUUGAUUUAGACUUUGGAAUGGGUGGGAAAUUGGUCGAGUACAUGCGAGGUCCUGGAAUCCAACAGUUUGCAGACGAGCCUGAUGCCAUCACUUUGUUCAAAUACGCCCAUGGAACAGAUGUCAUCUUUGGACUGCUUGAGAAGAAUGCUGAGCAGAAACAAGCCUUCGAUGACUACAUGGCAGCACGGCGUGUGGAUGAUUUGCCACAAUGGUUUGACAUUUACCCUGCAGCAGAGAUGGUACAGGAUGCUCGAACGGAGUCUGGAGCAACUCUCAUGGUAGACGUGGGUGGAGGACCAGGACAAGAGAUUGCACGAUUCAAGGAAAAGAAUCCCGAACUUCCAGGGCGAUUCGUCCUACAAGAUCUGCCCUUGACCCUAAAACGGGUUGAGAAAUUGCCUGAUGGAGUCGAAACGAUGGAGUAUGACUUUUUCACUCCUCAGCCCGUCAAAGGGUCCCGAAUCUACUUUCUUCGCGAUGUCUUGCAUAAUUGGUCCGAUGCCAAGAGCGCUCAAAUUUUGUCUCGAAUUGUUGAAGCAAUGGACCCUGAGUACUCAACCCUAUUGAUCGAUGACUAUGUUCUUCCAGACACUGGCUCCGAGCUUCGGGCUGCCGAAAUGGAUAUCCUCAUGUGGCUUCAUACGGCGGGACUGGAACGAACUGUAUCGCAAUGGAAGAGUCUUUUCAGUCAAGUAGGUCUGGAACUGGUGCAAAUUUGGAGUUCUCCCCGGGGCAACGAAUCAGUUCUUGAAACAAGAGUGCGCCGAUAA